AUGCACCCCCUCGUGGCGCAUUUCUUGUCGGCCAACGUUUACGACGGCAGCCUGAAGAGCGGUCGGGCCGUGUUGUUCUGGAGCCGUUCAAACACGGCGCAGCUAUUGACGUUUUACGACGUGCGCGGCGAGGAGCGCGAUGCCAACGGCUCGUUCUACAACAACGCGGAAGCUGUCUUCAUCAUGGACAUGGUGCGCCACAUCAAGACGCUGCGAGCUGGCGCGACAUUGUCGUACGCGAUCCUGUCGCCGUACACGGGGCAAGUGGAGCUGCUUCGGAAGAACGUCGCCGCCGAGACGUGGACCGACGUCCAACACUGUCCGCACGAGUAG